CAGACCUUCUUAUAUAUUUUUCUUGAAUCAUGAGAGAUGAAAUUGCAACAACAGUUUUCUUUGUCACAAGAUUGGUGAAAAAGCAUGAUAAACUGAGUAAACAGCAAAUAGAAGACUUUGCAGAAAAGCUGAUGACAAUCUUGUUUGAAACAUACAGGAGUCAUUGGCACUCUGAUUGCCCUUCUAGAGGACAAGCCUUCAGAUGUAUCAGGAUAAAUGCAAAUCAGACUACAGAUCCCAUUCUAGAAAGGGCAUGUGCUGAAAGUAAUGUGGAUUUUUCUCACCUGGGACUUCCAAAAGAGAUGACCAUAUGGGUGGAUCCCUUUGAAGUGUGCUGUAGGUAUGGUGAGAAAAACCAUCCAUUUACAAUUGCUUCUUUUAGAGGCAGAUGGGAGGAAUGGGAGCUCUUUCAGCAAAUCAGUUAUGCUGUUGACAGAGCCACUUUAGACUAUUCCUAUGGCACUUCCUCCGAUGAAGAAAGUUGUAGCAAGAGACCUCGGCUCAUCCCCAAAGUCAGCAAUCCGAAGAGUAUUUAUCAGGUUGAACAUUUGAAACAUCCCUUUCAGUCUUGGUUCCAAAUCUCCUGCAAAAAGAACAUGGUGAAUGGCCGCGUAGCUCUCCUGGGAAACCCUCUCCAUGUCUUGCAGAAGCAUCCUAAGUGUUACAGGCCUGCUAUACACCGGAUAGAUAGAAUUUUAUAAGUCACAUCUGGAAAUGGAUUUGCAGCACCUGAUAGAAGAAGGCAUCUUGGAAGGCAUUGCCUGAGACUUCCAUGGCAGAAAGAUGAGAAGAAAUCUUUAGGGUGAUUUCUUGAGCCUGAAAAGAAUAAAAAGUAAAUACAAAC